GUGCUCACUCGCACUACUGUAAUCAUAUGAUAGCGAGCCCGGGUCCGCGACACCGCCGCUGCCGCCACCACCAACUUAUUUGCGGUCUACUUCCAACAACUCUUUAGGGAACUUUUUCCUCCCCCCCUUCCCCCUUCCCUUAAAAAAAAAAAACUUUAGAGUCGUCGGGGGUGGUCGAGGAGGGGCUCGCAUCAUCCGGAGACGAGUCGGGCUCGGAACCGAUUCGGGGGGGGGCGGCCGUGAUUUGAAGAGUAGCCGCUCGAGAGGCACGCUCGUCGGCCGGAAGACGGUGGUGUCCUGGCAUCGCUGCGCCUGGGGAUUUUUAUUUUUUGUCUUUUAACCGCCCCCCUCCGCUACACCAAAUUUAUUUGAAAUCUUAAAUCCCACAAGAGUUAUUUUGAAUCGAAGCUUCAACCAUGGUUGGGGAGACAGAGGUGAAGGAGAGACCCAAGUCCAACCCGGACUAUUUAAUGCAACUGAUGAACGACCGGAAGGUGAUGAGUUCACUGCCCAACUUCAGUGGCAUCUUUACGCAUCUGGAGCGGCUGCUAGAUGAAGAGAUCGGGCGGGUUCGCAAGGACAUGUACAAUGACACAGUCAACGGAGGUAUGUUCAACGGUCGUGACAUGGAGGAACUACCCGAAGCUGUCGGUCCGGUGGCCCAGCUGCAAGAGAAGCUCUACGUGCCGGUCAAAGAAUAUCCCGAUUUCAACUUUGUCGGGAGGAUCCUGGGCCCGCGCGGACUGACGGCCAAACAGCUGGAGGCGGAGACAGGCUGCAAGAUCAUGGUGCGCGGGAAAGGCUCAAUGCGGGACAAGAAGAAGGAGGAGAUGAACCGAGGCAAGCCCAACUGGGAGCACCUGAGCGAGGACCUGCACGUCCUGAUCACGGUGGAGGACACACACAACCGCGCCAAGAUCAAGCUGCAGCGAGCUAUCACCGAAGUCAAGAAACUCCUCGUCCCCGCUGCUGAAGGCGAGGACAACUUGAAGAAAAUGCAGCUGAUGGAGCUGGCCAUCCUCAAUGGAACCUACAGAGACGCCAAUGUCAAGACACCCACCGCCGGGUUCCCGCUCGGCACCCCGCAGGCCCCUCGUAUCAUCACCGGCCCCACGCCCGUCCUGCCGCCGACCCUGCGCAACCCCGCCCCCGUUACCACGCCGACCAUCAUGCCUCUGAUCCGUCAAAUCCAGAGCUCCGCCCUGGUGCCGGGCGGAAACCCGCAUCCAGCGCUGGUGCAGCAAGGACCCGAGUCGGGGAUCAUCUACACGCCUUAUGAGUACCCUUACACACUGACGCCAUCCAUAUUGGAAUACCCCAUCGACUCAACCGGCGUAUUAGGUAUGGCUUUCCCAACCAAAGGCUAAGCGAUUAGCUCUCCGUCUUAGCGCACACGGACUGGCUUGCAGAGACCCCGCCCCUCCCUUUAAAAACCCUCCCCUUUCAGAACCGACACCCCUACCCCGCCCCUAAAUACUUACAGUAUGCUAGGGAGCAAAGGCACACAGCUUGCUUACACUGUAGCCCGACGCAUUCCUCGCGCUACAGUCGAGUGUCCAUGGCUUCUUCUCGCUCGUGACCUUCUAGUAGAUGACUAGCGUGGUGGUGUGAUGCCUUCAACUCUAACCUUUUAUUUUAUUUUUUUUAAAGAAAUAGUUCCGCUUGUAAUUUUAACAUUUUUUUCUAGUGUAGAUGUUCUAGCGCGGACAGUUUGUGAUUUAAUAUAUGGUUUUAAAAAAAAUGAAGCUAUUUUAAGAUUCCAGUGCCUCAUAAGCGUGAUUUUGAAGCUACUAGCAAAGCUUUUUUAAUAGAAAGUAGUGGUUUGGAUUAAUAUUUAGAGAACAGAAGACCACAACACAACAAGAUUCUGUCCUCUUAAAAUGACUUAACCCUCCUGUUCUGUACAAAGACUUAUCACUUAUGAUGUUGAUUUAAAUUGAGGUGAAACCUAGAGAAUAACGAGUAUUUUUGCAAGGAUUUAGCCAUUUCUGCGCUCUCCCUUUAUGGGAGGGAAGUUAUUUUUGCAAAGUUAAAAAAAAAAACAAAAAAAAGAACAUUUGAAAUACUGUAUUUGUAUCGGGGUUCAUUUUGUCUACACUUAUAGAUUAGUUGAAUUUUUCUUUUAUCACAGACAAUAGAUAUAGGUUGUUUUAAUUACCUACAUGUUUCAGCGAACACUUCCGCCUUCAUCAGAGAGUCUCUGUAUUCUGUGAUGGACAACCUAUAACUAUUGUCUGGGAUAAAAGAAAAAUUCAACUAACAUUUGAAAUAAAUGAGAAAAAAUGACAAAAAUGAGACGAGCAGAUAUAUCGUAAUCAUUAAAUUCUAAAUAUUUUUUCCAACUAUUUUAUGAGGGAAUGUUGACCAUUUUAGGUUUAAUCACAAAAAAUACGAUGCAAAUAAUAACGUGAUCGAAAUUCGGGCUGAACGCGCCAUUUUUCAGGGUAUGAAAAUCGGGUGAAAAAUCGUUUUUUUAAUAAAAAAACAAAAACAAAACACUAAUUAAAAAAAAAAAAAAAAUUUAAGGGCUUAAAAAGUAAGAAAAUAAAACUGAAAUACAAUGGCAUUGGCAAAAAAAGCAAAAAUAUAUACCUUUUAUCCUCUUAUCCUGUACACAUUAUAGUAUUGUAAUGUGUUUCGAACUUUUUUUUUUUUUUUUUUUGUAUCAGACCAAUGUUCUGCCAAAAUGUUCUACAUCGGCAAAACGUCUACACGAGGCAAAUUUGACACCCAAAGUACUACCGUGCGCUUUCAACUUCUUUUGUUUGGAUGCAUACAGGCAGAACAUCCUAAAAAAAUGCCUUAAGAAAAUACUUAAAUGUGGUUAUAUCAAAUAAGAAUGGUUUAAAUACGCUUCGUGUCUAAUGUUGUCAAUAGAUCAACACUGCUUUUUAAGAAAACACAGUGGUUAAAAGUAUGAAAAGGAAAUACAUCCAAAAAGUAUUUUUGAGGCAAUGAAAAGGUGAUUAAAAAAACUCAAUAAAAACAAAAAUAGUGAGUACUCGCAGUUUUUAACCGAUGUACGCUUGCGUACGGAUGCAUUGGAGCAUUGUGUAGGACGUUUCGCCAAGUAGUAAGAAAUUGCAGAACACUGGGACUCGAAUUUGGGUGCAAAAAUAAGCGAUCGGGACAUCCCUUAUGAUAAAUAUCAUUAUUUAAAUUCAUUUAAAAGUAGAAAAGUAAGGGCUGCGUAAGAUUUUUUUCAAUUUUCUAUUAUUUUCAAAUCAAUUUUGUAGAUUUUUUUUUUUUUUAAACUCUCGUGGCGUUUCUUUUCAACAUUGUUCAUGGAAAAUUUUGACCUGCUCAGGUUAAUCAACAUAAAAUGUAAUUUAAAAAAAUACCAUUCAUAUUUUUUCCUGAUUCUUGACAGAAAAAAGGGAAUAAAAUGAACUUAAAAUCUAGUUAGUAAAAGGGAACCACGGACAGAAAGACUUGUAGUUCUUAAAAUAUAAAUGUUAGUAUGAGUUAUAUUAAUUUGAUAUUCAAACCCUUAUUAAUGUUUUCGUUUUUAUAAAAUUUGAAAAAUUAGUUUAACGAGUAGGUCGCCAUUGUUGUUGAUGACACAAUGCACUCUGGCCGGUGAUGUCACUAAGCGGCACUGCCAUACUUCCACAUCGUAUUUCAUAUCUAUUUGCUGUGUGCUCUUGUUUGGUUAAAAAAAUACUGCGCACACUCUGAAAAUGAGGGCGCCACUGCCACCCACUGAGUGGAUGUGCAAUUACACUUUAUUCAAGUACGGCAAAAAAGUAUGUUCCCCCAGUUCACAUGCCACUAUUUGAGAAGUACUGCGUUAGAGUAAUGAUUUUCCUCCUAAAGCAAUCGCAACCCAGAGGCGUUGUCUGUGUCUGAACCUGAAAGGGAAACGCAACUAAAAAGAAAGUGCGGCUGGCUUGACCACGGAAUUAGAAAACGUGGCUCACUUCAGACAGCAAGCAGACAACAAUAACAUAGGGAUUGCGUAAAAGGGUUUAUUGAACACACAAAAAAACACCUAAUCGCGAAAAGGGAGACACAAAAAAGGGUCCGUGACAGUAGGUCGUGAUCAAUUAAAAUGAAAAAAACACCAUGGGAAAACUGCGAUGAGAGGCAGACAAACAAAAAAAUAAGGUAAUGAUGCAACUAGCAAAGAAGGGAUAUACAAACUGUCAAAUGGCAGCAAGUCAAUAUCUGGGCAAGCCGCCUAGGAUUGGUUUAAAGACACUGCUGAUGAGCUGGAAUCGGCUGCAGGUACGACGUCGGUAACUCAUCCCACAGCUCUGUAACAAAACAAUCUGACCAGCAGCAAAAUGUGACAAGAUCAUGCCAGUCGUCAUACUAGCUUCGCUUGCUAGCUAGCACAGCUAAUCUCCCAGUCCAGCCCAACCGCAUCAUCACACCCAUGCAUGUAAAACAUGGCGCCCUCCCUAGGUCAAAACAUGUACUAAAUAUUAUCAAUUUUUAAAUCAAUGGCAAUAAUAUAAGUGUUUCUAAUAACAUAUUUUAGUAAAAGAGAACAAUUGUGGCUUAUUAGAGCCCAGAAAUCUUUAAGUCUGAGGUUCCCUUUAAAUCUUAAAUAAUAUUUUUUUUUAAAUUCAAAUUGACCAACCUAACAGGAGGGUUAAAACAGGCUAAAAUUGACCCGCAGCAUAACAGGAGGGUUAAAUCUAACCCCGUACCCCCACCCGGCACCCUCCCACCCUCAGUUUUGUGCACGUUUUUUAAAUCUUCCGGAAGUGGCCGCUCACGUCGUCUGAUGUGUCUUUGCUGAUGAGUAACCUUCUGUGUUCUGUUUUGGCCAACGUCGUCGCGCUUGUUAGCAGGUGCCAUGACCUCUAAGGUACGCCGCCAAGACAAGAGAAUCCAUCCUUACCAAAGGGUAGUGACCACAGACAGAGGUUAGUUAGCUUACCAGCCACUUUAUGUGUAUGUGUGCGUGUAUAGGUGUGUGUGUGCAUGCAGACCAAGGGACCAGUAUUUGUGUGUGCGUCUUAGCAUGGCAUGCCCAGAUCGAUGUAAAAAUGUGAAAACAGUCUUGUUGCAGUAAAAGUAACUUUUUGGUGAGGAGCCAUGUCAGGAGGGGAUGAGGAUGCGCUUAUCUCUUGUUCGAUAAUGCGAGCGGCCACUCUCAAUUAGAGUGGAUCACUCCAUUCAUGUGACUCCCUUCCUUGUGACUUCUGGACUUGGGAGUCCUCGUUUUAAUGUUUUUUUUUUUUUUUUUUUAAUCUGCUACUUCUUUUUCACCCAGGACGUCCUAUGGGAACAUUUUAUUUAUACCCGAUUUCAUUCCACUAGUUCCCGCACUUUGUUGUGAUUGAUCAAAGUGUUUUGCCCGAUGACUACACGCCACUUAUUAUUCUCCUUUUACUACUAAAACACAGCGUGUGAUGACUACUGAAGUCUGUGUUCGGAGCCCUUUUUUUUUUUUUGUAUGAAAUAUUGUUGUUUGUGGUCUUAUCAGUCGCCCACUGGACUUUAUCAUUGGGACUGUUUACAUCUUUCAUAUUAUAUUUCCUAGCCAGAGUGGUGCUGUUGCCAUGUAUUUAGCUGCAAGAGAAAGACAAAAUACAUUUGUAUAUAGGGAUUUCAAAAUGCUUAUAUGAAGCUAAUGGAACAAAAUCGCUUGAAAGUAUUUGUAGUUUUUUUUUGUUUUUAGUUUGUAUAUUUUCAUUUUUACGGUAUGCUUUUUAUAGAUGAAGUGUCUCCAUGUAAAACUUCUAUUCCGAGUGUGUAGCUCCUACUGUUCCCUGGAAGGCGGCGUUGUUGCUCUCGUGUGUGUGUUUUUGUUUUGUUUUUGAUUUUAUUGUUGUUUUUAAAGAUGAGGUGACCUUCUCAAUGCACAGGCCUCAUGAUUGUUUUAUGCAAUAUAGACAUGGACUAGCUAGCUGCAAUAUGUUUGUGUGUGAGCAGUGGUGCUCCUUGUUGUACAAAACAAACAAAAAAAAAAACACUAAAAGGCAAUAAAGACGACGAUUGAGAACAAAAUAAAUCUUCCAAAGACAACCUAAAGACUCUAAAUUCUUGUAGUUAGACUGUCUACGUUGAAUUUGUUUCCUGUAGAAAGCAAACAAAUCACCAUCUUUUAACAUCUCAUUGCUGUCUCUUACUAUGGCACCUCUCUGCUCACAGUAGCCGUUAGCCGCUCUGCUAAUACUUCCUAGCCAACGGAGCUAAGCGUAAUUCAUAAUGAUAAUAAUAAUCAGUCAGCCUCACUUGCAAAACUAGCUACUUACAGCGAGAGGGUCACGCUCUCACGCACAUGAAACCAUGUCGGUGAUUACCCAAAGUGCACACGGCGACAAUACAUAAAGUGCAUGCCAAAAUCUUGAGGAGGAAAAAAGAAAUUGCAAUUGUUCAAAUAUAUUGUGUUUAUUUUGUAUGGACAAAGUAAUUUUACAGAAAAUUGAUGGAUGAAGGCAAAACUUAAUUUUCACAAAAAGGUUGCACGGUAUAUUGUUAGGCAAUAAUUGAGAAUUUAUAAAAUUACACAAAGAGAAAAAAAACUUUUAGAGAAAAAAAAAAAAAGAAAAAAAUCUUUUUUUAACCAUUUUUCAUUUUUUUUCUUCAAGAAAAACUAAUUUCAAGACCAAAAACAAUUUUAAAAUGUGUAUAUUAUUGAUACUAGUAGUAGUAGUAGUCAUAUUUUUCCUGUAAAACCAUUUUUUUUUUGUUGACAAAAUACUUAGAAAAGUACAUAAUAUCAUAUUUUUCAGACAAAAUAUUUAGAAAAACACAUGAUAUUCUCCCCUAAUAUUUAUUUUGGGGGGAAAUAAGGCUUUUUUUUUUAAAAAUGAAAGACAAUAUAUAAAGGUGGCAAAAAUGUAUAUUUUCAAUUAUUCUUGUGUUUAUUUUGUAUUGACAAAGUAAUUUUACAGAAAAUUGAUGGAUGAAGGCAAAACAUACAGUAUUUUCACAAAAAGGUUGUAUAUUGUUAGGCAAUAAAUGUUCUCGAGGAAUAUUUGGUCUUUUUGAGAAUUUAUAAAAUUACACGAAGAGAAAAAAAGUUUCAGAGGAAAAAAAGUUUUUAAAAAAACUUUUUUUUUCAUCAUUUUUCUUUUUUUCUUCUUCAAGAAAAACUAAUUUCAAGACCAAAAACAUUUUUAAAAUGUAUAUCUUAUUGAUAGUAGUUCUCGUAGUAGUCAUAUAUUUUCUGUAAAACCAUAUUUCUUUAGACAAAAUACUUAGAAAAGUUCAUGAUAUCAUAUUUUUCGACAAAAUAUUUAGAAAAACACAUGAUAUUCUCCCCUAAUUUUUAUUUUUUGGGGAAAUAAGACUUUUUUUUUUAAAUGAAAGAAUAUAUAAAGGUGUCAAAAAUGUAUAUUUUCAAUCAUCCUUGUGCUUUUCAUUUUUGUUGUUGUAAUUUUUUUCAAAUUAAAUUAUUUAUAUAAAUUAAGAAAAAAAAUUAUGGAUUUGAUAAGUCAUAUUUUUGAAAAAUAUUAUUUUAGGAAGAAUAUGUAGGAAGAUUUUUUUCAGGGAAAAAGAAAGAUUUGAGGGUUGAAAAAAUGUUAGUAUCUUAUUAAAGUAAAAUGUAUAUUAAGCAACAAUGCUAACUCACGCAUAGUUAAGUUUUUUUCCUUUACUAAUGUAUUAAUCAAUCUGCCUUGUCCUAAUCAAAUAAAGAAAUGAAAUAUCAAGAUAAAAAGGGUAUUUUCAAGAAAAUCUUCUAUUCGCCAUCCCCAAUGACGGGUGAUAUACGCAUGCGAAGUCAUGACUGUUGUAUGCGUUUUGGGUAAUCACAACGUCUCCUUCACCGCUUCAUGGUUUCUCCGUCUGUUAGCAUGAGUAGCGUCACGGUAGCGGCGGUCACAUGACGCUGGGGGCAGCCAAACAUCCGCCCCUCGCGCCGUGUGCAACCACUGUAGAAAUAAAAAUUUUUAAAAAAUCUGCCUUUUUGUCAUCCUGACGCCACUAGCUGAAACUAAUCUCUUUUCUAUCUUUUGUUUUUCUUUUAUGUCCCCUUCUGUGUGCCCUCUUUUUUUUGUUCCGUUUCCUUUCCUGGUCUGUCUGUGUCCCGUCUAA